UGUCAGUGACUAUAUACACCUGGGGAACAGGUAAGUUUCUCUAUGUGUGUCAGUGACUAUAUACACCUGGGAAACAGGUAAGUUUCUCUAUGUGUGUCAGUGACUAUAUACACCUGGGGAACAGGUAAGUUUCUCUAUGUGUGUCAGUGACUAUAUACACCUGGGGAACAGGUAAGUUUCUUUAUGUGCGUCAGUGACUAUAUACACCUGGGGAACAGGUAAGUUUCUUUAUGUGUGUCAGUGACUAUAUACACCUGGGGAACAGGUACGUUUCUUUAUGUGUGUCAGUGACUAUAUACACCUGGGGAACAGGUACGUUUCUUUGUGUCUGUCAGUGACUAUAUACACCUGGGGAACUGGUACGUUUCUUUAUGUGUGGCAGUGACUAUAUACACCUGGGGAACAGGUACGUUUCUUUAUGUGUGGCAGUGACUAUAUACACCUGGGGAACAGGUACGUUUCUUUAUGUGUGGCAGUGACUAUAUACACCUGGGGAACAGGGACGUUUCUUUAUGUGUGGCAGUGACUAUAUACACCUGGGGAACAGGGACGUUUCUUUGUGUCUGUCAGUGACUAUAUACACCUGGGGAACAGGUAAGUUUCUUUAUGUGUGUCAGUGACUAUAUACACCUGGGGAGCAGGUACGUUUCUUUAUGUGUGUCAGUGACUAUAUACACCUGGGGAACAGGUACGUUUCUUUAUGUGUGGCAGUGACUAUAUACACCUGGGGAACAGGUACGUUUCUUUAUGUGUGUCCGUGACUAUAUACACCUGGGGAACAGGUACGUUUCUUUAUGUGUGGCAGUGACUAUAUACACCUGGGGAACAGGUACGUUUCUUUAUGUGUGGCAGUGACUAUAUACACCUGGGGAACAGGUAUGUUUCUUUGUGUCUAUCAGUGACUAUAUACACCUGGGGAACAGGUAAGUUUCUUUAUGUGUGUCAGUGACUAUAUACACCUGGGGAACAGGUAAGUUUCUUUGUGUCUGUCAGUGACUAUAUACACCUGGGGAACAGGUAAGUUUCUUUGUGUGCGUCAGUGACUAUAUACACCUGGGGAACAGGUAAGUUUCUUUAUGUGUGUCAGUGACUAUAUACACCUGGGGAACAGGUACGUUUCUCUAUGUGUGGCAGUGACUAUAUACACCUGGGGAACAGGUACGUUUCUCUAUGUGUGUCAGUGACUAUAUACACCUGGGGAACAGGUAAGUUUCUUUAUGUGAGUCAGUGACUAUAUACACCUGGGGAACAGGUAAGUUUCUUUAUGUGUGUCCGUGACUAUAUACACCUGGGGAACAGGUAAGUUUCUUUAUGUGUGUCAGUGACUAUAUACACCUGGGGAACAGGUAAGUUUCUUUAUGUGUGUCAGUGACUAUAUACACCUGGGGAACAGGGACAUUUCUUUGUGUCUGUCAGUGACUAUAUACACCUGGGGAACAGGGACGUUUCUUUGUGUCUGUCAGUGACUAUAUACACCUGGGGAACUGGUAAGUUUCUUUAUGUGUGUCCGUGACUAUAUACACCUGGGGAACAGGUAAGUUUCUUUGUGUCUGUCAGAAACUAUAUACACCUGGGGAACAGGUACGUUUCUUUAUGUGUGUCCGUGACUAUAUACACCUGGGGAACAGGUAUGUUUCUUUGUGUCUGUCAGUGACUAUAUACACCUGGGGAACAGGUAUGUUUCUUUAUGUGUGUCAGUGACUAUAUACACCUGGGGAACAGGGUGCCGUUUUCCUCCACCCCAUGUCUCUGUCCGAGUCCCCUUUCAACUGCCCUUUGUUUGGCCUAAUCUUCUCUCUAGGUUUGGCUCUGCUUUUUCCUUCCUACUGGUUCGUUGACCGGCUCUUGAGCUGUGCGGUUGCCACCAGUGCAGAGCGUUCCCAGGGAUGGGCGCUGAGGCUGCUACGCCUGCUCCUUGGGGUUCCGCUCUACCUGCUGCUUUUCCUGCUCUCUCUCCCUCUUGGGAUAUUGGGACUUUUGCUUUGGGCCCCUCUCCAUCAAAUUCGGCGUCCCUUCUGCUACCAGAAGACAUCACAUGUGCCUCCAGAGAGGGCCAUAGAGGGCAAAGGCACAUUUCUGUUCAUCAGUGCCAACCUGUGCCUGCUCCCUGAUGGGCUAGCUCGCUUUAGCAACCUCGGGCACACUCAGAGACGGACUGCCAGGAUCUGCAACCUGUUGGCUCUUCCUAGAGCAUCCAAGGAACCAUGGGGAAUGGAUGGGAAGAGUGAAGACUCUGCCUCUCUCUGCAGUACAAAUGAUGUCCUGGCCAUGGUGGAGACACACAAAGAGGAUAGAGAAUUUCCUAGUGAGAUCUCUGUUGGGUUCCCCGAGGGAGCGGAUUUUCUGUGCCUGCAGGAAGUGUUUGAUGGUCGCGCAGCUCGCAAACUGCGCCGCUUAUUGGCUCCUUCCUUUCCUCACAUCCUAUACGAUGUUGGCCCUUCAGGGCCCUAUAGGUGUGGCUUCAGGUUCUUUAACAGUGGCCUGUUCCUAGCCAGCCGGUACCCUCCUCUGGCCGCCAAGUACUUUUGCUAUCCCAACGCCCGAGGAGAAGACUCUCUUGCUGCCAAAGGACUUCUUUGUGUCAAGGUUCAGGUUGGUGUGAAUGAAGAGCAGCAGAGGAUUGUGGGAUAUAUAAAUUGCACGCACUUGCACGCCCCUGAGGCUGACAGUUGCGUUCGGUUUGACCAGAUGUCCCAUUUGCUGCAGUGGGUGGCCGACUUCCAGUCAGAGAACAGUGAGGCCGGAGAAGUUGCCGUGUUUGAUGUUCUCUGUGGAGACCUCAACUUUGAUAACUGUUCGGCAGACGACCAUUUGGAACAAACACACCAUUUAUUUGAAGCCUAUAGGGACCCCUGCAGGGACUGCGCCGGGAGAGACAGGCCGGGGGCUCUGGGAACCCUGCUCCGGGCGGAACAUUUGUACCAUGAAGCUGUGAAUACUCCGGAGAAUAUGAAGAGGACUCUGCAGUCACUGGAUGAACGGAAACUUUAUUUAGCCCCCCCUCUGCCCCAGAACCCAAGCACUGAUGUGCAGCAUUGGACAGGGCGCCGCAUUGAUUAUAUCUUGUACCGUCACUCUACCUCAUUCCCUCCUACGGUUGUGGAUCGGUUCCAGUUUAUUACCCAGCUGGCAGGGCUCUCAGACCACAUCCCCAUCGCUCUGCGCCUCUCCGUAUCUUUUGCACCAACGACGUCUCUCUGACGAGGGAAGGGAAAUGCCGGUAUCACUCCUUGUGCCAAAUACAUAUUACAUAUACAAAUACAUAUGCCAAGUUACAUAUAGAGCCAUAGGGGCAGCAAGGAAACUGGUUCUGUACCAGAUGGACCUUCCGGCCCAGACCCUGGCAAUCAUGGUGGCUAUGGGCUAAAUGUCUCUGCUGAUAAUGGAAGGAAGAUUAUUAUGAGUUCAUGUCAGUUUGUUUCAUGUCGGUGGAAGAGCUCAGAGAAAAGACUGGUUCUGGCAGCAAGUUGACCCACUCAUUGGCUUUUGCUGGGAUUUAGAUCAUUCCAAUCUAUGCACCAAUUGCUGUGUCCAGACUUAUAUUUGUUUUUCCUUCAUUGCCAGAUCUGCCCAAGCGUCGCCGGUGUAACCUAAUCAAUAUCAAUUGAUCAAUAUCAUCUUAUGUAUUUCCAUUGUAAGGUGCACACUGCGUAUGGGAGAGAUUAUUGGAUUGAAUUCCCUGGUACUGAUGAAAGACACAUAUACAUAUAAAUACUGUUCUGAUUGGCUGAUUAAUAAAUCUGUUAUCUGUA